AUGGCUCUGCUGGUCUCAUUUAGUGGAGGGAAUCGGGUCAUAGCGUGGGUCCUGCUUCUGCUGCUGACAGCUGUGUGCGUGCAAGCUGGGAACUCAGCAGGAUCCAACAGUGUAAAUGGCUAUUGGGUGGAGCAACCAGCAAGCCUCUCUGGUGUCCAGGGCGGCUCCAUCGAGAUCCCCUUCUCCUUCUACUUCUCUGGGGAAUUGGCAAAGGAUCCACAGAUGAGGAUUUUCUGGAGAUGGAAGAAAAUCAAUGGGAAAAUUAUCUACAACUCUUCCUCGGGAUUCAUACAUGAGCAUUUCAAGGACCUGAACUGGACACAGCCUCAGACAUCUGGAGUCCUCAGAAUUCUGGAUUUGAAGGAGACAGACCAGACAGUGUACAUCUGCCAAGUUCGUCUGAACACAAGAAAAGGCGUGCAGAUGUUUCAGUCGAAUGAUGGGACCCACCUCACCAUCACCCAUGCAGUCAGAACCACCACGAAGAGCCCCUCCAUCGUCACCUCUGCAGUCACCACGGCUGGCCUGGAGGACACAGAGGGACAGAGGAAUCCUUCUCUUGUAAACAUAGUAGCCAUGGUGGGGGUGGGGGUGGCCACGGCUGUGCUCAUAACGCCAGUCUGUGUAUUGAUGAUCUUCCUCUGGUGUAAACAAAGGUAA